AGUCAACCAUGCUGUCGGUGGCCUCAGCGGGGCUUUUCGCGCUGUGCGUCACCGCAGCCGGUGUCACAGCAGGUCGGCAUAUCACCACCGAAACGCUCAACGGACAUGUGAGGGGCCUCAUAGAGAACGUGGGCGGUGUGAAUGUGGCGACGUACCUGGGCAUACCGUACGCAGAACCGCCCGUCGGUGAGCUACGCUUCCGCAAGCCGCUUCCGGCCAACCAGUGGCAUCCGACGACCUUGGACGCCCUGAACUUCGCAAGCCCUUGCGCCCAAGCCAACGGUUCGUUCCCACCGUCCCCAUGGCUUGUAAAAAGGGACCAAGUUAGCGAGGACUGUCUCUACCUCAAUGUAUGGAGUCCGCUAGGUAGACCCAAGCCACUGGGCGUUCUUGUCUGGAUACACGGAGGAGGUUAUCGGACUGGAACCGCAUCCCAAGUCCUCUACGAUGGCAAGGCCUUGUCCGCGGUGGGUGACAUCGUCGUGGUAUCAAUCAACUACAGGCUCGGCUCUCUGGGAUUUCUCUACACCGGCCCAGGCUCGUCGAGCGGUAACUAUGCCUUGUGGGACCAGCACCUCUGUCUCCUGUGGGUGCGCGACAAUAUCGCCCGGUUCGGGGGCGACCCUGGCCGAGUGACUGUGUACGGCGAAAGUGCGGGUUCCAUCGGCAUCGGCGCACAGCUCGUCUCGCCUCGCAACGCCGGUUUGAUUCAUCGUGCUAUAAUGGCAAGCGGAAGCAACUACUGGCUGGUACCGCCGCAGAAUGCGGUGGGCCACGAGUACGCAGACCGCAUCGCCAGACACGUGGGCUGCCUGGACGAGUCCAAACCCUCGUCGAAGACGCAUCCCGAGCAGGUGAUCGAGUGCCUCCGCUCGGCGCCCGUGCACAAGAUCAUCGACGCAGAAGACACGCAGUUUCACAAGGAGAUAGUGACCUUCACGCCUUCGCACGGCGAUGAUUACCUUCCGCUACCGGAAGUGGACGCCAUUUCCAGGGGCCUGUUCAUUCCUCUCGAGAGCAUCCUCGCGGGAGCAACGACGGAGGAAGGCGGCGUUUUCCUCUACUUCCGAGUGCCGUCUUUCAUAAACUCCACGUCGGCGCCCAAGCUGACAAAACCAGAGGUGGUAGACCUUUUGACGAACCAAUACUUUGGCUACUUGCCCGGAGAGACACGGUCGUUCUUGAUUGACGAGUACAUGCGCCGAGUUUCCGGCCUCUCGGACUACAGCGGGAACCUGAAACGCUUCUACGCGGAGGCGUUCGCCAAGACGAACCGUCUCGUGUACUUUUAUUUGUACGAUUAUCGUUACGAGCGUGGCUUCUGGCCCUCCUGGAUGGGUUCCACUCACUUUGCGGACCUUCAGUUCACGUUCGGAAUGCCGUUCCGAUUCCCCGAGCGUUACUCGAACGCUGACCGCGAGCACAGCAAAACCUGUAUGCAACUCAUCGGCUCGUACGUCAACACAGGGUAUGCCUGA